CUUCCUCUCGCGUUGGUUCCGCUCGCCCGGGUUUAGCCGCCGCCGCCGCCGCUCCCCGCCGUUGGCCGCGCCGCGCUCCGCUCCGGGCCGCUCGGGCGUUUUCUCUCUGCCUUAAAGUCGGGUGUCUUUUAUGAAUAAUCAAAAGCAGCAGAAGCCAACGCUAUCGGGCCAGCGUUUUAAAACUAGAAAAAGAGAUGAAAAAGAGAGGUUUGAGCCUACUCAAUUCCAGGACUGUAUUAUUCAAGGUUUAAGCGAAACUGGCACUGACUUGGAGGCAGUUGCAAAGUUUCUUGAUGCAUCUGGAGCAAAACUUGACUAUCGUCGCUAUGCAGAAACGCUCUUUGAUAUCCUGGUGGCCGGUGGAAUGCUGGCCCCAGGUGGUACCCUGGCAGAUGACAUGAUGCGCACAGAUGUCUGUGUAUUUGCAGCACAGGAAGACCUAGAAACCAUGCAAGCAUUUGCUCAGGUUUUCAACAAGCUCAUCAGGCGUUACAAGUACCUAGAGAAAGGCUUUGAAGAUGAAGUCAAAAAGCUGCUGCUGUUCCUAAAAGGUUUCUCAGAGUCUGAGAGGAACAAACUGGCCAUGUUGACGGGUAUCCUGCUAGCCAAUGGGACACUUAAUGCAUCAGUUCUCAACAGUCUUUAUAAUGAGAACUUGGUUAAAGAAGGUGUUUCUGCAGCUUUUGCAGUCAAGCUGUUCAAAUCCUGGAUAAACGAGAAAGAUAUUAAUGCAGUGGCGGUCAGUCUUCGUAAAGUAAACAUGGAUAAUAGGCUGAUGGAACUCUUCCCAGCCAACAAACAAAGUGUUGAACACUUCUCCAAGUACUUCACUGAAGCAGGAUUAAAAGAACUUUCCGAGUAUGUUCGGAACCAACAAAGCAUAGGCGCUCGGAAGGAGCUGCAGAAAGAACUUCAGGAGCAGAUGUCACGGGGAGAUCCGUUUAAGGAUAUAAUCUUGUAUGUGAAGGAGGAGAUGAAGAAAAACAACAUCUCAGAACAGACUGUGAUAGCCAUAAUCUGGUCGAGUGUAAUGAGCACUGUGGAAUGGAACAAAAAAGAGGAGCUGGUAGCAGAGCAAGCCAUUAAGCACUUGAAGCAAUACAGCCCUCUACUUGCUGCCUUUACUACCCAAGGUCAGUCAGAGCUGACUCUUCUACUGAAGAUUCAGGAGUACUGUUAUGACAACAUCCACUUCAUGAAGGCCUUCCAGAAAAUAGUGGUGCUCUUCUACAAAGCUGAAGUUCUGAGUGAAGAGCCCAUCCUGAAGUGGUAUAAAGAUGCGCAUCUUGCAAAAGGGAAGAGUGUUUUUCUGGAGCAAAUGAAAAAAUUUGUUGAAUGGCUCAAGAAUGCUGAAGAAGAGUCUGAGUCGGAUGCCGAAGAAGGUGACUGAGCUGUUAAAUUCUGUCCUUAGUAAAGCAAACAGGAGCUGUAGAUAAGUGUCAUGUCUCACGUGUCCUGAUUCUUACAUCCUACCUCCCUGUAUCGCGCAUGAUAUAAGGGCUCUCAUGGCAAAUUUAUUUUAAUUGUUUUCUAUAGUUAUGAAAAUACUGGGUUUAGUUUUUAAAACCAUGUUUUAAGUAGCUUACAGGAGCUAUAGAUUUGAUUCUAACCUACAUUAGUCCUUUCAGUUAUUCUACCUCCUGUAUUUUCUACUGUAAUGUAAUUUAAGGCCUUCCACAAUGAAAUCCAUUGUACCCUUUGGGUUUUCUAUCUACAGUUGAGUGAUAGACAUGCUUUGGUAAAUGAGAUUUAUGGCAGUUCUGUUUGCAAAUUAAACUGUAAGUCUCCAAAGUGAAGAGGCCAUGGCUUGUGUGGUAACUUAGUGUGACACUUUAAUCCCAUUCUGCUUGCUCCAAGUAACCCCGUUCAUGGAUGUGGUUGUCGUCAUCUCUCUUGGCCACACUUCCAGCAUAAAGUAAUCCUCGAUUCUAACACAGCCUCUCCCCUCUGCGGUGGUGGUGAACGCCUGUAACUAUGGUGGGUAUGAAGAGCAGGAUUCUCUGAGCCCACCGGCUGUCACAGCUGGGGGCCCGUGUUCCAGAGCAGCAGCACAGCCUGAAGUGGACUGCGAGGCCUUUGCGCAGCAGGGAUCAGUACAGGGAGCCUUGGCUGUCAGCUGCUCCGCCGCUUGUGCUCAGGCAAGUACGAACAGCUGCUCCCAGUACAGCUGCCACCUGCUUCCUGCAGCCCUGGCCUACGCUGCGAGCAGAGCAGCGCAGGGGCGCCUUGGCGGUGCAGCGCUGGCCGUGCACAGGCCUAAGUUCCCUUUGGUGUUCUGGUAAGUGCACGGCUGCUGGAAGGUUAGACGGACAAAACUACACCCACAAGAAGCUGAGAAAUAAGAUUACUUUAUGCUGGCAGUUGAUAAUUUAACAUACGUACUCAACUAAAUUUUGUCUCAAUUCUUAAUGGAAAUUCUCAGGACAACUCCUGCUUAAAGAAAUAUUUAGUGAAGUUGUGAGCUAACAAUGAGCAUUAACUGAAACACUCAUUACCAGUACACAGAAAAUGGAAAAACCUUGGCGAUCACAGUGCAAUCAUCUAUUCAGUGCUACAGUGAUCUUCCUUCCUUUGUAAAAAAAAAAUUUUUUUUAAACAAACAAAUAAAGGCCAUCCUUACACUUAA